AUGCACCUCCUCGCUUUCCUCCUUCUCCCUCCCCUCUUCCUUAUAGCCCGCUAUCUGGCUACCCUUCUUUACACAAUCUACAGAACACGCACCCUCUACUCCAUCCCUGGCCCGUUCUGGGCCCGCUUCACGCGCCUCUGGUAUUUUCGCCGGUUAUGGAAUGGCCACUUCGAAGAAGACAAUGUCAACCUUCAUAAGCAGUACGGCCCUGUUGUCCGCAUUGCGCCAGACCACUACAGUAUCAACGACCACGCCGCACUGAAGACGAUCUACGGUUCCGGUACCAAGUUUGCAAAGUCAGCAUGGUAUGAAGGCUGGAAGCAUCCUGAUCCGCAGCGCUGGACGCUGUUUCCGGAUAGAGAUAUCAAGAGACAUGGCGAGACGAGAAAGAGGUUCUCGAGUCUCUACUCGAUGAGCUCGCUAGUGCACUACGAGGAGUUCGUGGACCAGUGUGCGGAUGUCUUCUUCGACCGGCUGGGCGAGUUUGCGGACCGAGACGUCAAGUUCAAUCUGGGAGAGUGGUUUCAGUUCUAUGCGUUUGACGUUAUUGGAGAGAUUACUUACGGAGAGCGUUUCGGCUUUCUCGACAAGGGCCAAGAUAUUGACGGAACCAUCGGCGCCCUGCAGAACCUUAUGGCCUACAGCUCGCUGAUCGGCAUCUACCAUGAGUGGCAUCCGUUGCUGUUCGGGCCGCUCAGCAGAUUCAGCUGGUCUGGCGCAGGCGGCCGCGCAUAUAUAAUGCGGUAUGUCCAGCAGAAGAUCGCCCGGCACAGUUUGCAGAAACCACAGAGCGACGUCGAGCACGGUCCCCUGAAGACCCAAACGUUCCUUGAGAAAAUGAUCCUGGCAAGAGACAAAGACCCUGAGAAGGUGACGGACUACCACGUUUUCAUGAUGGGUCUGUCAAAUGUUAUCGCUGGCUCGGAUACAACAGCUAUAAGUCUUUCCUCCAUCAUGUACUACCUUCUCCGCAAUCCGGAUGUUCUAGACAAGCUUCGAAACGAAAUCGAUGAGUUUACAGUACAAGGCAAAUGCAGCGACCGCGUGACGUUCAAAGAAAGCCAGGAGAUGCCGUACUUCCAGGCUGUCAUGAAAGAGGCGCUCCGAAUGCACAGCGCAACUGGGCUGCCCUUUUGGCGUGUCGUUCCAGCCGGUGGCGCGGAGAUCGCAGGAUAUUUCUUCCCAGAAGGGACAGUCGUGGGGGUUAACGCAUGGGUACCGCAUUAUGAUGACACCGUGUUUGAGGAUGCAGAGGCCUUCCAGCCAGAGAGGUGGAUUGAGGCUCAAAAGGAAGAUCCAGAGAAGUGGAAGGUCAUGAAUGACAUGUAUAUGCCGGUAUGCUGCCAUAAACUCCUUCAGACGUUCGGCCUCGGCUCUCGGACAUGCAUAGGGAAGCACAUCUCCAUUCUGGAGAUGUCAAAGCUCAUCCCGCGCAUUCUACGGGAGUUUGAUUUCACGACUGGGGAAAAGAAAUGGAAUACGGCGAAUCACUGGUUUGUCAAACCGACUGACUUUGAGGUCAAAUAUAUGACACCAUCCCGUAAGCGGAAAUAG